GUAGAGAUAGAGAAUUAUAAGUACUGCAGUUUGAUUUGAUAGAGGAAAUUUGAACAGUCGGGGUCGGACUAAUAAAUAGAUAGAUCGCCAUCGCGGCCGCCGCCGCUGCGGUAAGCAGAUCGUUCGCUCGCCGUCGCCGGCGGUUCACGUUCCGGCCUCACCCAUGGUGCUCGGCGGUGUCCUGAUCCUCCUCGGCUCCGGGGUCGCUGGAUCCGUUCUCACGGGUGACGCCAAACUUCCUAAACUGGGGGAUGUAUUCUCUGGAGCCACCGAGUUUGUGAAGAAACAUGGGAAAGAAGGCGGUGCCACAACAAAGUCUGGCAGCAGCGAUCAGAAUCAGUUGCUAUCUCAGAUCAACAAUCUCAGGGAGGAGAUACAGACCCUAGCCACAACACCAAAUACAAUAGUAACAGCAGCUGCGAAUUCUGGACCCAACACAUAUACUAUAACAGCCAUUGUUGUUGCUGGGGCUAUCGGCUAUGCUUAUAUAAAGUGGAAGGGAUGGAAACUCUCUGAUAUGAUGUUUGUGACAAAACGUGGUUUAGCUGAAGCUUGCACUGCUGUUGGCAGCCAUUUGGAUCAAGUUUCAGACUCUGUUGUUGUUACAAGGAAACAUCUAGCUGGGAGGAUUGAUCGUGUGGAUAUUAGUUUAGAUGAAACCCAGCAGAUUAUUGAAGGCACAAGGGAUGAGGUUGGAAUCAUACAUGGAGAUCUAAGUGCUUUCCAGGAGGAUUUGCAAUCAGUCAAUCUUGUAGUUCGAACUCUGGAAUCCAAGAUGGGGCGUCUUGAAAGCUCUCAGGAUCAAACGGUAGAUGGAAUAAAUCACUUAUGUGAGUUCACCCUAAAGAUGGAACCUAGCCAGAAUGCCAAUGUUCGUCAGGUGUCGUCGUCAUCCAUUCCUGCAGUUAUGGAUUCCUCUUCAGAUCGAAUUGUUGGGAGGGCUAUUUGUUUGCCUCGUCUAGCUCUGGAGCCGCCAGUUUCACUUGUAGCUGAAUCGCCUAGAGCAGAGACAUCCAUGCAGGUUUCACCUGCGGCUGAAGGGCCUGAGACGGUAUCACAGGAGCAGGAGCAGGAGGGUGUUGGCCGAACAUGUCGUCAUACGAGAAACAGGGAAGGGGCGUCUGAGGAGAAAUCAUCCCAUUCACAUGGGGCCUCAUCAUCAUCAUCGGCGGCUAAAGCAGCUAUCACGAAGACACAAAACCCAAGCUCGAGCCGUUUGGGCGGCCUGUGGAUGCCUGUGGUUGGCACUUUGCUCAGGGCUUCUGCUUUAAGUUAGGACUAGCAAAUUUUGUAGCUAGCUAGCUAUGUCCUGCUAGAAUAGAUAAUAGGAGGAGGUGAUAGCAAUUAGCAAUGCAAUACGGGUGGGUAAUAAGAGUUCCACCGUACCACUAUUUGCGUCAAAAAAAGUUUGUAUACAAACGAAACGAGUGUGCCUCUAUAUCAAAACUAUCUGGCUAUGGUGAAGAUUUGCAUACAUUGGCAGCAAAUUGAUAGAUUUACUGACCUU